CAAACAGACGAUAUUGCAUUACGAACUUGUAGACAUUUACCGUCAUUAACAAUUAGUAUCGAUACAAUUUUUGCAAGAUAUGUGACCCUUUUAAAUAAAAAUUACCAAUAGCCCCUCAGGAAUCAGAUCUGAAAUAGUAAAGGACAAUUGACUUUUCCAUGCAAGAAGGACCUACGUAGAGUGCUCGAGUUCAAGCAAUUGACAACAAACGAUGAAGUGGUGUUCUUUAUUGCCUUACAAAAACUGAAUACACCUUCAGAUAAACUUGUGAAUUUGUGAAUAGUAACCGAAGAAAGUAGUGCCCAUGCUGACAGUACAUUAACUAACGACUGCUGACAUAUGAAGUGUAAAAUAAAAGUGAAGGAAAACUUGGUGGUGGUGGUCGGGGCGAAUGACCGGACUGGAAGAUUUGUAGAAAAAUGACUGAUUGCUGAGGUGUAGGCCUGUGUAGGUUCACCAUGUAGGCUGCAAUAACGCUCAGGAAGAUGGUCAAGCGGAAACGGACUCUCAGUGUCAAGGAUAACAGCGAAAAUGUCAAUCAAACAAGCGAUGCUGGCCUGAUUUCUGAAGCCAAACGUUCAAAGGUUAUUGACCAUCCCUUAAGAGCUGAAAGACAAGACAAUGGGGUAGAACACUCCAGCUCUCUUCAAAACCUCACAAUGCCUCCAACCUCACAGACCUCCUUAAAUUCAUCAGGUUCAUCAGGUGAAACAGUUCCUUUGAGUAUCUCACAGUCACUCCCAAAUGUGCCUUUACCUGCUGCUCCCAUUGUCCCACAAUCCAGACCAACCCCUCAACUUCGCACAAGUGCCCGUGUUCUGAACAAACUACGCAGAGAAGAAACUAAAGCAGAUCUUGCAAACAUAACUGCCACUGCCAGCAAGAAAGCAGACUCAAAUGUAAAAACAGAAUUUCCUGAGGAAGAAGAUGGAAACAGAGGAAGUGGUAACAGUGAGAAAAAGAGACGUCGUACUUGGGAGUUGUGGUCAACUGAAGAUAAGAAUAUAUUUUUUGAAUCUAUUAAUGAGUGUGGGAAAGACUUUGAAGCAAUUCAGAAUUACGUGACGACGAAACUACGGAAAAAGGGAACUCCUGGCUACCAGAUUAAAAAUAAAGAUCAAGUGCGACACUUCUAUUAUCGCACGUGGCAUAAGAUCUCAAAAUAUAUAACAUUCAGCGAAGGAGUCAAGAAGGUGACCCAGGAACUAUAUGGUCUUAUUAAUUAUGGGGAAUUACGAAAAAAGAUUGGCAGUACUUUAGAUGAACGUAAAGCUCAAAAACUUCAGGAACUGAUCAGGAAAGGAUCUACUAGUGUCAGAGUGAAAGGGAAAAGUGUCAGGGUUCGAACACCUAUCUGUCGUGCCUUGAAGAAGUUGAAUCAGAUUGAAGAACAUAGAGAGCAACGUGAGGUGCGAGUGCCUCAAAGUAUAGUUGUUGAAAUACUGCCGCGAAGUGUGGAAGCUUGGUGUCGUGUGCAAGGGCUAGCACAUAACCCACGUGUUCGUGUCACCACUUCCCCACAGAAACCCUUGUCUACUGUGCUGUCUCAUCUUCAGGAGAAAUGGCGGAAUGCAAACUUGAAACUUCGAGAAACACUUGUAUCAAGAGUAAAUUUCCCACUGGAAAUAGAACCUGUGAAGGAACCAGUUUUGAAGCUGUUGCCUCCUGCAGGUUGUUGCAUCAAGCCCCUCAACAUACAGCUUGAAUUGCUGAUGAAGAGCUCAGCAGUAUCUCUACAGAGCCAUGAAGCUAGACUAAGAAGGUGUGAAGAGGACCUUGGCAAAAAUGAGAAGAGGAAAGAGAGCAAGCAGACAGGGAACAAAAUAUCAACGAGGGUUGAAGAUGGGUUUAGUAAAGAUGCUGAGGAAUCUGGUAGAUCUGGAGAGCAAAUUUCAGAGGUGGAGCAAUCUGGAACCAAUUCUGAAGGACCAAAGAGUGAUGUAAAUGGCAGUCAAGGGGGAAAUAGUAACUUAAGUAAGGGGAGAGAUUCAGAAAUCCUGAACGGUGACUUAGACGAUUAUGCUGGAGACGCUUCGCAAGAAGAAUUGGAAGAUGGGAGUGAUGUUGAGCCAGACUGUUUGAAUUCUCCUGACAUUGAUGCUGAUGAUAUUGUUCAGUUAGAUAAUUGGCUGUCUCUGCCUGUUAAUGUAAAAGAAGAACCACUGGACUAUUUGUCACCACCAACAUCAGUAAUGGACCCUCUGGACCUUCAUGACCCAGACGAUCCAUUUGAUCCAGAUCUUAAAGUGAAGGAAGAAGGGGAAUCUGGUGAUGCUUUGAGACAGUUGAUUGCCCUUGAGACUGUUGCAAAUUCACAGAAUGUUGAUGAUGAUGCAGAAGUAGUUUGCAUAGGCGAGAGCACUCGCUUGACAGCACUUGUUGGGAAAGGGCACCGUGGACAUUCUUCUGGUACAAAUCAGGGAGACCUUGCACCUGAAGAAAGGGCAUUGGUAGGCACUCCUGAACCUGAAGAAGAAGAAAAAGAUCUGGAUUCUGAAGAAAAACCUUCAACAGCAGACGUGGACAAAUUGAUAGAAAAAAUACGUAAGGGUUGGACUUGCAGCUCAGUGGGUGGCAUCACAUUGGGUGAAUUGUACCUGAUGUUUGGCCAGAACAAAAAAGUAAACUUGGAGUAUGAAUUUGUGAAUUUGACAGAUGAAGAGAAGGUUGAUAGCCCUUCAAGUAUACAUUCAUCCAAAGAGAGCUUGAGUAUUAGCCCAGCAAAGAGUGUGAACUCUGUCACCCAGAUAGUGGCAGGUCUCUCCACUCCCACUGUAUCAUCAGUUGGGCUGUCAUCCACUGGAAAUGCAAAUGCAGGUAUAGACUCACCCACGGAAUGUAAAAAUCCAUCGCCGGGAAGUGAAGAUUCCCAAAAAAAGGAAAGCAAGAUUUUGUCAGAAGAAAAACACGUUUCUGUAGAAAAUUUGUCUGGGAUGUUGCAGCAACUUCUUUCAAUGGCAAGAGUUAUUUUAGCUAAACCACCAAGUGACUCAUGCUCAUGUGGUCAUGUUUGUGGCCGUGGGGGAGGUGGGUUACGAAGUCCUGCAUCAGGUCGAGGUCAAGGGUUAUGUGGAGUAAGUCGCAGUCCAGGAAAUACAAAAAGCCCUCGUAAUUGUAGGGUGGGUGCUGUAGGCGCUCAGAGUCCAGGGGGAGCGCACAGCCCCAUCUCACAACCAGCUGGUCGCAGUCCCUUAGGAGCCAAGUCUCUCAAGGAGCGCAGCAAACCAGCCUCGGCAAAGAAGUUGAUUCCUGAUUCUGUGGUAGAGAUGGAUGGAAAAGCUGAGCUGCCUCUCUUAAAUUCAUCUUCAUCACUGAAUGCAAACGCUGCAGUUACUGGUCAGGAUCAAGGGUCAAAGGUACCAGUAACCAACAUUGAUAGUAUAAAAGGAGUGAAAGUAGUGGGUGGAUCUGGAGGUGAUGGAGGUGAAUUUAGGGUACCCACAGCACCAGCUCCUCGACCAGUUCAAGCACAACAAGCCAGCUUUAAUGCUCAGCUUACAAAACUUUUACCACAGUACAAUAAUCGGCCUGGAAGGAGAGUGUUACGAAAGAGUUUUGUUGUUCAGCGACAGCUACCCCUUCUUCCUAAAGCUCGGGCACAACCUGCGGGGGUUAUAGCCAUGAAAGUGCUUCCACGUGUUAUUCAGAAAUUUGACUUGGAGGGAAAUCAGAUAAAAAGCUAUCUACCCAUUUCUAAAGCUACUUCGCAAGGGUCACAGUUGAAAUCAAGUGCUCAGGCUGUGAAUGCACACAUAGUAACAGCCUCUUCACUAAAGAUUGCGACACCAAUUCAGGUUGACCCAACUGUAAAUUCUAAUACUCUUCAGUUGACAAGUCAGCACACACUGCCGCUACCACAAGGAAUACAGACAUCCAUGCCUGUGGUCAGUACAAAUCCACCAGCAACAAAUGCAAUAUCUGUCAAUGUAUCAGGGCAGCCACUUCUUACAGUAGAGCUACCUGCCCCUGUGACUUCACCAACUAAGCAGCCUGGCAGUCUUAGUGGUGAUAAUUGCCUACCGGGAGUUGUAAGUGUUCCACCUGUGACUGACAUUUCUGAGCUAUUAAAACCUGCUGUAGUGAUAGAUAAUACUCAAACUCAGAUUACCAAUGUAACAAAAUCACCUGUUAAAAGCAGUGUUUGUGACUCAGAUAAUUUCAAUCCUCUAACUCCCAGGAAAAUAGAUAAUUUAAUAAACUCUGCUGUCACACUGCCUCAGAGCUUUAGUUAUGCGUUGUCUGGAGACAGUAAAGGUUCACUUUCACCAGUUUCAACGAAUGCCACUUCAAGUAAUACAAAUAUUAAUGGUAUACUAAGCUCAAUGGUUUCAGAAGCUUUGAGUGAUUUACCUGAUCUCAGUACACCACCUGGAACUCCACAGCUAUUUUGUAGUACAAAAUCAUCUGGUGAAAGUACAAGUUUUUUGUCUCAGCUAGAGAACAUAUCUUCAUCAACUUCUACAACUGCAGCUUAUCCAUGUAUUCCCUCACCUUCGCUUUUUAAUUCAUCUAUAUCGUUGGACUCGUUGCCUAGCUUGAAUAAUGGGCUUCCUGUCAACACUCAGCUAGUCAGUGCUCCUCCUACCACUACCACAUCUGAGGAGCUUUCGAAUGUGUCAGUGCAGAUGACCUCCUCUCUUGCUCCAACUUCAGCAACAGCUCCAUUAUCUCUAGGUGCCUCGUUACUCUCCACAGCCACCACAAGCCACUUGGAACUUUCACCACCUUCCAUGCAAACAAAUAACUUUUCAACCCUUCUCAAUACACCAACUCCUCACUCCACAAACAAUAAUCCUGCAAGCUCUGGAGGAGACAUAUCUCCUACAUCGUUGACUGGACUCUUGCAUUCACCUUCUCCAGGAACUAGCAAGAAUUUUUCAACGUCGUUGGAUUCAAAUGGCCGCAGCAGUACCAGUAGCCUAUCAGUGCCAGAACUCUACAUUCCAGAAGGAUCUUUGAAUCUGCCAUUACUUGAUAUAUCAAUUGGUGGAACCGUAUCUCUGAGUGAGCAGACCUCUGGCUUGUUGAGCAGUGAACUAGACUCAAAAGGUGCUGAUUUUCCCACAAACUCUGCUGCCAAGCAUUCUUCAUCUACUUCAGUAAGAAGCUCCACCCCAACACCGGCAGGUGCAAAUGAAAGUUGUAUUCAGGGCACAAGCAGUGAAAAGUUAUUGGACAUAACUCUUGGAAUAUCUAAUUCCAACUCAAGCUUUUCAAGCCUUUUAGCAUCUGCUACACAACCGCCGAAGGUUCUGGACUCCUCAAUUUUGGGAGCACUGAAUAUGGACAAUUUAGACUGUGGAACCGAGUCGGGGAACAGGGGUGUUGUUAGUAACGUUCUUGAAGGAAUAUCGAGUGUUGAAAUUUCUGGCUUUCCAGCUUUAGAUACGUCUACACCAUCGCCACCGCCUUCUCCAUCUCGCCUUCUUCAGCAGGGUGAUAACCAGUGGCUGAAUAAUGAAGUUAAUGAUUUCUCUCUUUCAAGUUUUCUUGGUCACUUUGAUUCCCCUAUUAAGGGGUCAACAUCGCGUGGGGCUUCUCAGUCCAACCCAUCUGAACUACCUAUGCCUAGUCUGGUAACUGUAUACAAUGAAAACAGUGUUGACUUUACUGCCAAAUUUGCAGAAAUGAAAGCUAAAGCAUCACACACAUACAAAAACUGAGGUAUUCUUGUGUAAAUCUUUGGAAAAAAUAUGCAAUACGAAUAUGUAGAUAGCAGUCUCCAAUUGUAUAUUUUGUACAUAAAAAGCAGAUUUAUAUCUCACCAUAAAUGAAUAUGGUUCACAAUUUUUUACAGGAUGUUAGAAAGUUUUAUUUGAAGUUUUAUGCAUCAAAAGUAGUGAUUAUUUUUGUAAAUUUUGUUGGUAAAAUUUUUAUAGACUAAAUUCGAAAGGAUAACAACAUAGACAUUAUGUUUGUAAGGACAGUAAACAGAGCACCAUUGUGUUGAUAAUAUGUGUUGUCUGAGUAAGCUAGAUUCCAAAGAUGUUUUUGAUUUUGAUGUUGUGAGGUAAUUCCAAAAUGAAAUCACCAUGGCUUUAAAUGAAAAAGAAUAAUGCAGCUCUUCACAAUUUCUUUUUACAUUAAUACAGAUUAUUUCCUAAUUAAAAAUUUUUUGUACCUUUUUUGUUGCAUGUUUUGUAUAAAAAAAUUUUAUGGAAAAAAUUUAUUUUUAUUUUCUUUCAGUAUGUAUUUAAUAUAGUCAAAUUUUCAAACACUA